AUGGCUUUCAAAGGAAUGGGUUUCUUGGUGGUAAUCUUGUUGAGCUUUUGUUACGUUUUGUUUAGCCCGGAAAAUGCAAGUGCGGCUACUUUCGACGUAACAUCUUAUGGUGCAAAAGGCGAUGGGACUACAGACGACUCUCAAGCAUUCCUUCAAGCAUGGGCUGACUUAUGUGGUGAUGCUUCUGCAGACCCAACGUUAAUCAUACCAUCAGGCAUGACAUUUUUAAUAAGCCCGCUGAAAUUCGUUGGUUCGUCAUGCAAAUCCCCUAAUAUAAAUAUCAAGCUUUUGGGCGCUAUCACGGCCCCAAAAACACUCGAUGGAUGGACAGAUUGUAUACAGAGACGGUUUUGGAUAUAUUUCGUAUCUGUUAAAGGACUCACCAUUGAAGGACCUGGCCAAUUUGAUGGGCAGGGCUUGGCCUGGUGGGGAAUAAAGGUUAAGUUUCUUAUUCGAGUUUGGUUUCAUUAA